UCUUCCAGUCAGUCAAACUCUUUUGAGAAACCGUCUGUUCAGCAAGUUGUGUGUUCUUCUGAGAAAAGAAACUCUGGAAUUCAAAGCAGAAAGAAAACAUGACUCCUGCUCAAAAUGCAGACAAACUAAUAUUUUUCGUAAAUGGUAGAAAGAUCAUAGAGAAGAAUGCAGAUCCUGAAACAAUGUUGCUUACCUACCUAAGAAAGAAGUUACGUCUCACAGGGACCAAGUAUGGCUGCGGGGGAGGGGGCUGUGGAGCCUGCACGGUCAUGAUCUCCAGAUACGAUCACCUGACACACAAGAUACAACAUUUCUCUGCUACAGCCUGCCUGCUUCCCAUCUGCAUGCUGCAUGGCAUGGCUGUUACUACCGUUGAAGGAGUAGGAAGUACAAAAACUAGAAUCCAUCCUGUUCAGGAGCGCAUUGCUAAAGCCCAUGGCUCGCAAUGUGGAUUCUGCACUCCGGGUAUGGUGAUGUCCAUGUAUGCAUUACUGAGGAAUAAUCCUGAGCCAAGCAUAGAGGAGUUACUGGAUACACUAUCAGGGAAUUUAUGCCGUUGUACAGGAUACAGACCCAUCCUUGAUGGAUAUAAGACUUUCUGUAAAGUAUCCUGCUGCCAGACAAAGGAUGGAAAAUGCUGUCUCAGUGCUGAAGAUGAUGCUACACUGUCUUCUGAUGCCACAGAGGAAGCUAUAUGUACAGACCUGUUUCAUCCAGCUGAAUUCAUGCCCUUGGACUCGACACAAGAGAUCAUCUUCCCACCAGAAUUAAUGUUGAUGGCACAGCAGCAGCAGGAAACAAAACGGGUCUUCAAAGGCACAGCUAUUACUUGGAUAAGUCCUGCGAAUCUGGAAGAACUGCUGGAAUUAAAAACAGAGUACCCCAAAGCACCAUUGGUGGUUGGAAACACUAAUGUCGGGCCUGAUAUGAAGUUUAAAGGAGUCUUUCAUCCAGUUAUCAUCUCUCCUACCAGAGUUGUGGAACUACAUGCUGUGACAUACACCGAGAAUGGUAUUACCAUUGGUGCAGCUUGCAGUUUGGAACAUGUAAAAAACAUUUUGCAGAAAGCUACAGAAGAACUCCCAGAAGAUCAGACAAAGAUUUUCAUGGCCCUGCUGGAGCAAAUAAGGAGACUGGGUGGUCAGCAAAUUCGGAAUGUUGCUUCACUUGGGGGAAGCAUUGCAAGUGGAUAUCCAAAUUCAGAUGUCAAUCCUGUUUUGGUAGCAGGUGGCUGUACCGUUAACCUGGCUACAAAAGCUGGAGCAAGACAAAUUCCUUUAGAUGGAGAUUUUUUCCUUGGCUUUUGUAAAACAGCCUUAAAACCAGAAGAAGUCAUAAUAUCAAUUAAUAUUCCUUAUUCCAGCAUGUGGGAAUUUAUAUUAGCAUUUAGACAAGCUCAGCGUCAGGAAAAUGCUUUCCCUAUUGUUAAUGCUGCAAUGAGCGUAGUUUUCAAGGAGAAGUCAAAUGUCAUUCAUAGCUGCCGUAUUGUCUAUGGCAGUGUUGGUGUUACAACUCUCAGUGCAACAAGGACCUGCCAAGAACUCGCUGGAAGGUCCUUUGAUGAGGAGAUGCUGAAAGCUGCCUGCACACUUGUUUUGGAUGAAAUUUCCCUUCCGGCUACAGCGCCUGGUGGGAUGGUUGAAUUCAGAAGAACCUUGAUUAUAAGCUUUCUAUUCAAGUUCUACCUACAAAUUUUACACAAAUUACAAGAAAUGGGUCUUUCUAGUUCUGUGAUACCUGAGGAAUAUUCAAGUGCAGUUGAAGAUUUACCAAGGAAUAUGCCCAAAACCCUGCAAAUGUUCCAGGAGGUCGCAGCUGGUCAGUUAUCUCAAGAUUUGGUGGGACGUCCCAUAAUGCAUCAGUCAGCUCUUAUUCAUGCUACUGGAGAAGCUGUUUACUGUGACGAUAUUCCUAGCCUGGAUGGGGAGUUGGCUCUAGCUAUGGUCACUAGCACAAGGAUGUAUGCAAAGAUCAUCUCCAUUGAUAAAACAGAAGCAGUCCAGAUGCCCGGUGUGCAUGCAGUCAUAACAGCCGAUGAUGUCCCUGGUAACAACACAAGAUUUUUAUUUGAUGAUGAGAAGCUGUUUGCUGAAAAUGAGGUGACAUGCGUGGGACAAAUUGUCUGUGCUGUCGCUGCUGAAACAAUAGCACAGGCAAAGGCUGCUGCCAGAUCUGUAAAGAUAACCUAUGAGGACCUGACACCUGCAAUUCUAACCAUUGAGGAUGCUGUACAGCAGAAAUCAUUCCUCAGUCCAAUGAGUAAACUAGAAAAAGGAAAUGUAGAUGAAGCAUUUAAAACAGCUGAUCAUAUCUUCCAAGGGCAAAUGCAUGUUGGUGGGCAGGAGCAUUUCUACAUGGAAACCCACAGCAUGUCAGUAAUUCCAAAAGGAGAGAACAAUGAAAUGGAUGUAUUUGUAUCAGCGCAACAUCCCACACUUGCACAGGAAUCAGUUGCCAGUGCUCUGGGUGUCCCAGCAAAUAAGAUUAUGUGCCAUGUGAAACGAAUUGGUGGUGCUUUUGGAGGGAAGGUAACAAAAGCUUCAGCUCUGGCAUCAAUAGCAGCUGUAGCAGCUUAUAAGACAGGUCGAGCCAUACGUUGUGUACUUGAACGUGGUGAUGAUAUGCUAAUAACUGGAGCUCGGCACCCAACUCUGGGAAAAUACAGAAUCGGUUUCAUGAACGAUGGGCGGAUCAUAGCUGCGGAUGUCACAUUCUUUGUAAAUGGAGGCUGUUCCUUGGAUGAAUCAGAUUUGGUACAGAAAAAAAUGUUAUUAAAUAUGGAUAAUGCAUAUAACAUUCCAAAUCUUCGGUGUUCUGGGUUUACAUGCAAAACAAAUUUGCCAUCCAAUACUGCAUUUCGAGGAUUUGGUGCUCCCCAGGGGAUAGCUGUUACAGAAUGCUGGAUUAAUGAUGUAGCUGAGAGUUCUGGUCUUCCACCUGAAAUGAUUCGAGAAAUGAAUAUGUAUAAAGGUAUGACCGUAACUCACUACAAACAGGAAUUUGACUCAACACAGCUGCUUAGGUGCUGGAAUGAGUGUUUACUGAAAUCUUCAUAUCACAACCAGAAAAUAGCAAUAGCAGAGUUUAAUAAGCAGAACCGCUGGAAAAAACGUGGCAUUGCAAUAAUUCCAUUAAAAUACGGAGUGGGUUUUGAUGUUGGCUUCUUGAAUCAGGCAGCAGCUUUAGUUCACAUUUACAAGGAUGGCUCAGUGCUGGUGACACAUGGUGGAACUGAGAUGGGCCAAGGCCUUCACACUAAAAUGAUGCAGAUUGCAAGUCGGGAAUUAAGAAUUCCUAUGUCCUAUAUACACAUCAGUGAUACCAGCACUAAAAGUGUGCCCAAUACCGCUCCUUCAGCAGCCUCUUUUGGAACCGAUAGCAAUGGAAUGGCAGUGAGGGAAGCAUGUCAAAUUUUGUUACAACGCCUUGAUCCCAUCAUUAAUGACAACCCCAAAGGAUCAUGGGAAGACUGGGUACACGAGGCCUACAUGAAUAAAAUAAGUCUGUCUACAACUGGAUUUUUUAGGGGUGAAGAUGCAUUUGUUGACUGGAAUAAACAGGAAGGAAAUCCAUAUUCAUACUUCUCAUUUGGUACUGCUUGUUCAGUUGUGGAGAUUGACUGCCUAACCGGAAACCAUGUGAAUUUAAGAACUGACAUUGUUAUGGAUGCUGGGAUCAGUUUGAAUCCUGCUACAGAUAUAGGACAGAUUGAGGGGGCUUUCACACAAGGCCUUGGACAUUACACACUAGAAGAAAUGAAAUUCUCUCCAGAGGGAGUUCUGUACACCAGAGGACCUGCUCAGUACAAAAUUCCUGCAACCUGCGAUGUCCCACAAGAGUUCAAUGUUUAUUUGCUUUCUGGGUCCAAGAAUCCAAAAGCAAUAUAUUCUUCCAAGGGUCUGGGAGAACCUGCUGUGAUCUUGGGAAGCUCUGUGUUUUAUGCCAUAAAGGAUGCAGUAGCCGAAGCCAGAAAAGUGAAUAACUUAACAGGCCCCUUUAUCUUCAACAGCCCUGCAACACCUGAGCGAAUCCGUAUGGCAUGUGAAGAUCAGCUGACUGACCAGAUCAUCAGAGAUGAGCCUGGCACCUACAUUCCAUGGGCCAUAUCCGUGUGAAGCAACAGACAAACUUUAAUAUUUCAUAGGCACUCCAACAGCCAAGCAGUAUGAAUGUGGAUUCAGUCUGAAACUGAUGGAUUCAAGGAUUUGUGUUGAAAUUAUGUCAGAAUCAUAGUAAAAUAAAGACUUUGCAAAUCAAAACAAUGCAAAAGCCACAUUGCCUUCGCCCCAUGGUUUGACUCAGUUCAGUGACUGCUAGUUUCCGGUAACACUUUAACACUGUUAAGUAUAACUUGUGGUAUACUAAAAGAAAUGCCUGUUCAUCCCUGUAUGCUCAUGAUAAUUAUCAAGAAAGUGAAAUAUGAAUGUGAAUUCUACCGCAGCCUUUUAAAUGUAGCAGGCAGAAUCCAAAUACAUAACCAAAAAUUAAUAUUUCCUCACAUUCACUAGAGUUGUUUUCAAAGUAAGAAAGUAUAUAUUCAUAUGGCUGUAUAAAUCGCAUUGUAAUAAAAAUUCACAAGAUA